AUUUAUUAUUUAACUCAAAUGGAAUGUACUGAAACUUCACACAUUUGAGUCUUGACCCUCUGUCUCUUUAAAUGUUUUUAGAGAAUUUGGCAUUAAAAGGAACGGCUGUACAGUCAUCCACAUUUUACAGCUGUGGUGCUGCAAAGGCCAUCGACGGCAUCAGAUACUCUCCUUCAGGUAAACCCUAUCCAGAUGAAACCUAUACAUACUGCUCCAUCACAUCACGCCAGCUCAACCCGUGGUGGAGGCUGGACCUGCUGGAUUCUUACAACAUUUUCAACGUGACCGUCACCAACAGAGGCGACUGCUGUCUGGAGCAAACGACUGGAGCAGAGAUCCGCAUCGGAAACUCUCUGGAAAACAAUGGCAACAACAAUCCCAGAUGUGGUGUCACUUCAUCUGUCCCAGCAGGCAGUUCUGUCAGUUUCUCUUGCGGUGGAAUGGAAGGUCGUUAUGUGAACAUGUACAUUCCUAACAUCCAGGCAUACCUCACGCUGUGUGAGGUGGAGGUUUAUGGAACAGACUCUUGUGAAGACUUCAUAUGAUCCAGCACCUGUGAGUAGAUGACGCCUACCCUGCAAGGACUCCAAAUAAAAAAAUGACAUUUUUAUUGCUAUGAAAUGCACAUAAAGUUUGCUUGUAAAUACUAUAAUUUUAAUUAGAUUUCAACUCCUUUUUCUGAUACAAGCUCCUAUAAAGACUAUUCUGGUUUUGUAACAGAAAAACAUGCAGUCUGUAAAGCUGCUUUGAAACAAUAUAUGAGCUACUGCAUUCAUGUUGUCCACUGAGGUCAUAUUAAAAGUGCACUUGAAUGUAAACAAAAAAUUUCAGACAUUUUUGCUGUAGCAUUUUUAAGUUAUGGACCCAUACAUUUGGCAGAUAUGAUAAUACAAUAACAGCAUACCAUUAUUGCCCUAAAUGUUGGAGCUAUAUCUUAGAUUCCUUUGAGGGUGUGUUACAAUUUCAUUCAUUCUUCAGCUCAAUCUCAAAAUAAAAGAUUAGUUUAAAUGUCCACUGAGGAAAGCUAUAUCGUUGUUGUUGUACUGUCCUUUAAUCUGUUAAGGGUCAUUUCCGAUGACAGCGCUGCUUAGUGCACUUGAUGGCUGUAUCUUACAAUGUUUUGUUGAAAGU